AUGAGUCUUGAGCGACCUGUGCGGGAUGGGAACCAGCAGCUCCUACGAGCACCUAAGCAGGAGAGGGUGGCAGUGAAAGUAAUUGACAAGAAAAGAGCCAAAAAGGACACCUAUGUCACCAAGAAUCUGCGACGGGAAGGGCAGAUCCAGCAAAUGAUCCGCCACCCGAACAUUGCUCAGUUGCUGGAUAUACUGGAAACUGAAAACAGCUACUACCUUGUCAUGGAGCUGUGCCCUGGUGGCAACUUGAUGCACAAGAUCUAUGAGAAAAAAAGACUCGAGGAGCAUGAAGCGCGCAAAUAUAUCCGGCAGCUUAUCCUGGCAGUUGAACAUCUUCACCGGGCAGGAGUAGUUCACAGAGACUUGAAGAUAGAAAAUCUGUUGCUAGAUGAAGACAACAAUAUCAAGCUUAUUGACUUUGGAUUGAGCAACUGUGCAGGCAUCUUGGGUUAUUCUGAUCCAUUCAGCACCCAGUGUGGGAGCCCAGCAUAUGCAGCCCCUGAACUUCUGGCAAGGAAAAAAUACGGGCCCAAAAUAGACGUUUGGUCCAUUGGAGUGAACAUGUACGCAAUGUUGACUGGAACAUUACCUUUUACUGUGGAGCCAUUCAGCUUGAGAGCUUUGUACCAGAAAAUGGUGGACAAAGAAAUGAACCCUUUUCCCACACAGCUCUCUACAGCGGCCGUAAACUUUCUACGAUCUCUACUAGAGCCAGAUCCUGCAAAGAGACCAAACAUCCAGCAGGCACUUGCAAAUCGAUGGCUUAAUGAGAAUUAUCCUGGAAGAGCACCACCUAAUGUCACAUAUCCAAACAGGAUUCACCUUGAGGACCUCAGCCAGAGCGUGCUGCUCCAUAUGACGGAGAAGCUGGGCUACAAGAACAGCGACGUCAUCAACACUGUGCUCUCAAACAGGGCAAGUCACACACUUGCCAUCUACUUUCUGCUUAAUAAGAAGCUGGAGCGCUACUUGGCAAGCCUUAGAAAGUCUGAAGGCCAGGACAACAUUUGCCACAAGAACCAACUAUACCAGAUAGAAAAAUACAAGGCAAAUAAAGACUCCUAUGAGAUACAGAACACCAAGGCUGCGCUGAAGGACCGGAAAGUCACCAAGGCUGGAGGUCCGGAGAAAGACUCCAGCGGUGGGGUAAGCCCUUUCCACGAACCCCUGGCAAACAAGACGGGCUGCGUCACUUCCAGCUCCCUGGAGUACCUCGAAGUCCAGCAGCCGCCCCCCAGAACCCCUCGGCUCCUCAAGAGGCAGGAGUCCCCGCAGCAGGAGCCGGCCCGAAUCGGGGGCCGGGCGAAGGACUCUCCUCUCAUCCUGAAUAUUGUGCACUCCUUCGAGUCGGUUGACAGAGAGGACCAAAUAGACCAGGUUUCCCCUUCUCAUCAGUACAGGAUUUUAGGCUCGCCAAUGAAUUUCCCUUACAAAAGCUCAAGUGAAAGGACACUGUCCCCGCUUUUUCAGCCAGGGAGCACGUCCCCCGUCCACCCCACCCAAGUCUCUUUCACGUACGAAGAAAAAGCGUAUCCAGCAAAGGAAGAAGCAGUGUCCCCUACUCAGCUGGUUUCCAACAACCCCUUGGGCAGCCCUAACUGUGUUAAAAGCAGAGGCAGAUUCCCCAUGAUGGGGAUCGGACAGAUGCUACGGAAGAGGAACCAGACAAUGCAGUCGGCGAGCGACAAGCCGCUGGAAGCGAGGAUGCCUCAGCUGCAGCAGAUGAGCCCCACGCAGAUUUCCUUCAAUGCAGCAGAUGCUGUCAGCGGCCAGUGUUAG